UUGCUUCCCCCUCUCUCUCCUCUCCCUCUGGCUUUAAAAAGUGAAACAGCUCUUUGAAGAGAAGAGGGGGAAGGGGCCGUUCUGUACCUUCACCCUCCUGUCUGGACUAUGAGGAGUAUAAAAUGUGCAGACUCCAACUUGAAUACCAGACAACGCAAAACUUCAGUCAGAGGAUCAGCUGAGGACCUGACGAGACGAAGGGCAUGAACGACAUCAAGCUGGCCCUUUUGGGAAGCCAGGGGGCUGGGAAAUCCGCUGUCCUUGUGCGGUUCUUGACCAGACGGUUUAUUGGGGAAUACGCCUCGAAUGCAAACUCCUUGUACCAUAAGAGGCUAUCAAUCGACGGUCGGCAGUUGAAUCUGGAAGUGUUCGACCCCUGCUCUCAGGGCUCUGAGGCCAGGUGUAUACUGGAGGAGCCAGUAGAGUGGGCAGACGGCUUCGUGGUAGUUUACAACAUCAGCGACCGCACUUCCUUCAUCAACGCCAAAAGCAUCCUGCGGCAGAUCCGGGAGACUCGCUCAGACAACAGCAAAGGGGACACGGACGUUCCCGUAUGUCUGGUGGGUAACAAGCAGGACCUUUGCCAUGCACGCCAGGUACGAGAGGAGGAAGCCCGCAGCCUGGCGCAUGAGAACCGCUGUAACUUCCAGGAGGUGUCAGCGGCCGAGAGCUACCAGGACAUCGCCAACCUCUUCACCCAGCUCAUCCGGCAGGUGAUGGAGCACCUCAAGUACCGAGCCGACCGGCGGCGCUACAGCGGCUCCAAGUCCAUGGCCAAACUCAUCAACAAUGUCUUUGGCAAGAGGAGAAAAUCAGUGUGACGUGAAGACAAGCUGGGUGAACCUUGGGGGGGUUGCUGAUUUUGCAAAACCGAGCCGAAGGCAAGCAGCAAAGCUCUCUGUUCAUUCAGCACCUUGGAAGUUCUCAAACGUUUUCACGUUUCCACCUGACAAUUGUGGAUUGGGACUUUGUUUAGAUUUCAUCUGAUAGAGCAACACAAACCAGUGCAUCACUGUAAAGUGGGAGGAAAAUACAACAUGGUUUUAAAAUCAUUUUUCAUGCAUAAAAUCUCAAAUGUUCACCCUUGCCAAGUAGAUAGUUUGUAGAACCACAUUUCUUUAUCUCCUCUAUCUUUGCACGUCUAUAGACUGAUGUGUGAAGAAUAACAGCCCUGUGAGAGAUUCUCACCAGCAUUUAAUCUGGACUUUAAGGAAACCAUUUGAAGACAAUAACAUGCUUUGAUUGGCCCUAUUACCUUGUGGUUCUGGCUGUAUUCGUCAGGUGGCUGGAACAUUUUCUGUGUUUUUUAUCAGUUCUCUUCCAGGAUUUUGGAGCUCCUUGAACUCUCAACUUUGUCCAACUUAUCUCUGCAAAAGACAAAAAUCCCGACCGAAUGAUGAUGUCCCCCCAAAUGCCUUAGAGUGUCCAUCGCUUUUUUUUUUAAAUCUUAGACACACAUGGUGUUCUAUGAAAGCCAAAAUGUGUAGUCUUUUCUGACCUGAGCAGCUUUGAUCAAUGGUUUCCUUCUUUCUACUCCUUCACGUAGCUGGGUAGGGUACAAAAAUGUGUACUUAAGUAAAAGUAGCACUACUUCAACAUAUUUCUACCCGAAUAGAAGUAAAAAGUAGCCAUCCAAUAAAAUACUCAAGUAAGAGUAAAAAGGUACUCAUUAAGAAGUGUACUCAUGUAUUUUGCAACCGUUUUACUAUUUAAAAUGAUGUAAAUCAGAUUAACCGUAAUAUAAAGCUUUGUGCAAAUUUCUUUUGUUUUUAAGACUUAAAAAAAGUAAUGAAUACAAAUAAAAAGAUUUUGGCAAGAAGAAAAUAAUCUUCUCAAUAAGCUUCUUUUUAACGUGUGUCAAUAUAAAACCAUUUCUUAACCUUUUGCAAAAAGUAGUAUACUUAAAGUAAAUUCUAUUAAGAAUACUUAAGUAUAAGUAUAAG